UGCUCUUGCUCCUGCUGCUGCUGCUCCUGGUCUUCUGUCUGUCCGUCCGUCGUCUGUCCGACCCGGCCCAGCCCGCGCAGCCCCAGAGCAGCUCCGCUGUCCCCGCUCUCGCGCGUCCGCCCAGCCCGGCCCGGCCCCAGCAUGAGCGGCCUCCGGGUUUACAGCACCUCGGUCACCGGUUCCCGGGAGAUCAAAUCCCAGCAGAGUGAGGUGACCCGCAUCCUGGAUGGGAAGCGGAUCCAGUACGAACUGGUGGAUAUCUCCCAGGACAACGCCCUGCGGGAGGAGAUGAGGACCCUGGCUGGGGACCCCAAGGCCAUACCACCCCAAAUAUGCAACGGGAACAAAUACUGUGGGGAUUACGAGCUCUUUGUGGAGGCUGUGGAACAGGACACCCUGCAGGAGUUCCUGAAGCUGGACUGACCCCCCACCCCAUAGACUCACCAACAUUCCCUCUCCCCACUUAACUUCCUCUCCCAGCCAUGAAGGGACCCUGGGACCAAUUUCUGUACCUGUACUGUAUAUCAGGGUUCCAGUUCCAGAUCCCCAUACAGCUAAUCCUAGAUCUCAUCUCCCCCUCCCUGACUUUGUACCCACAUGUCCUGUAUUCCUACCCUGACCCUGGAUCCUCUGCCUUUCCUGGGUAUAACUCACCCUCUUUUCCCUUUCUCAUUCCUGGACCUCUGCCAUUCCGUUCCCUUGAGGCUACAUUCCAUGCCCAUCAGUCUUAGCAAGUGUCCGAAGUAUCCUUCCCCUCCCCCUCCCCCUCAUUCCUCAGUCUGCAGGGGAUCUCCAGGGAGGGAGCCUCCCUCCUGCUGCUACCCCUCCCAAAGGCGGCCAGGUGACAAGCCCACCGUGAGGCAUAAUGCCCUGUUGGGGACCCGCCACAGAUCCUGUUCUUCAGUGAUCUCUGUUCCUGAGGAGCGAUUAAAGUUCCAGUUGGCUUGGA